CCCACUUGACUCUUUGUGGGAUUCCCCGACAACAACGUGCUCCGCUUAAACUCAAAAUAUUUUGGACUUUUUCGCCUGUUUCUGGUCUCCGCCUCUACACCCACCAGUGACUAAUCUUUCUCGAACAGCGGUAGCGGGACUUACAAGCACACCUGCAAUUUGGCUCUUCCUAAUUUUCUCUCAACUUGAAAAGGAGAGGAAAUGAUGAUGGAAGAGCAAGAUUUUGAUAGUUUGACUUUGAGCCAGACCCUGCCGCUCAGCCAGGACUCCUUUAAAGAGCUAUGGGACACUGUAGCAACUCCCUCUAUCUCCACCAUUUCAACGAGGACUGAUGGGUGUCAGGAAACUUGGAGGACAGAUGGGACUAUGUAUAUGCUGUUCGGAAAUGAACAAGCACUGACGGAGGGGUUUGAUGAGAAGCUGUUUGAGCUGCCCCCUGAGAUCUCCACUAAAGACAGUGUUACUCCCCCUGCCUCCACCGUCCCGGUUACAAUCGACCACCCAGGGGAAUUUGGCUUCCAGCUUCGCUUUCAGAAGUCUGGCACAGCCAAGUCUGUGACUUCCACCUAUUCAGAGCUUCUCAACAAGUUGUUUUGCCAGCUGGCAAAGACCAGCCCUGUUGAAUUGCUGGUGAGCAAGGAGCCUCCUUUGGGUGCCGUUCUCAGGGCCACAGCGGUUUAUAAGAAGACUGAACAUGUGGCCGAAGUCGUCCGCAGAUGUCCCCAUCACCAGACUGAGGACGCUGCAGAGCAUCGCAGCCAUCUGAUCAGAGUGGAGGGCAGCCAGAGAGCUCAGUAUUUUGAAGAUCCGCACACAAAGAGACAGAGUGUGACUGUCCCUUACGAGCCCCCACAGUUGGGCUCAGACAUAACAACCGUCCUGCUGAGCUUUAUGUGCAACAGUUCCUGCAUGGGGGGCAUGAACCGCAGACCCAUCCUCACCAUCCUGACCCUCGAGACGCCAGAGGGACUUGUUUUGGGCCGUAGGUGCUUGGAGGUGCGUGUCUGUGCUUGUCCAGGCAGGGACCGCAAAACCGAGGAGGAAAAUAGCACCAAGAUGCAGAACGGCACCAAACAAACAAAAAAACGCAAGAGCGCCCCCCUGACUGUGACCACUGACACCGCUUCUAUGAAGAAGUCCAAGUCGUCCUCCAGUGCAGAGGAGGAGGAUAAGGACGUGCAUGUUCUGCAUGUUAAAGGUCGUGAGCGUUAUGAGAUGUUAAAGAAAAUCAACGAUGGUCUGGAGUUGCUGGACAAAGAACGCAAAACCAAGACCAAGGUGUCUGUGAAGCACGAGUUUGCUGCGCCUUCCAGCGGAAAGAGGCUCCUGCAAAGAGGAGAGAGGAGUGACAGCGACUGAGGAGCUCGACGUCUCCACCAUGAGAACAAAUGUCAUUCCUCUUCCGCCUUCCACGUCAUCGGGUUUAUUUCAGGCUUUUACUUUCAAUCGCUUCCUGUACAAGUACUCCAGAAAACUUGAUCCAAUAACUAUACUGCCUGAUUGUUUACUGUACUUUAAGUAGUGUACAGUGUCUUGCUGUUUUUGCCGUUUUCAAAUGAAUAAAGGUUGAAUAGUUAAUGCAUAGGAGAGCAGUUCAUACUGUAAGCAGGUCUGCUUCCUCCUCAAUGCCCUCGUUGCAGUUAAAGGUCCUGGGAAACGGCUGCGAGAUCUUAAACGUGGCAUGAAACAGGAUAUCGGGGUGGCACCUUGAAUUAGGAGCAACUGUAUUUCAUCAGUGUUGAUCUUAGCGGGAUUUUGUUUUAAAUUAGUCCAUUUUUUUUAAACAUUUCCGUCAUUCAUAAUGCAUUAUUUUGAGUCUGAUAUGGUCGAGUUAAACUGAAGAGAUUUUUCAUCGACAUUUGUUUUUAUAUUUUUCUAAAUGGUAAUUAUGAUCUCGAGAAGCAACUUGUUAAAAUGAAUGGAUUUGUGUUUGCGAAGGAUCAUAACAUUAAUACGAGUCACUGCCAUCGUUUAAAGUCACGCUACCUCCAUUAAUCGUUCCGUGUUACUUUCCCAGUAGUUCAAACUUUUACAUCCUGCCAAACUCCUCUUUAAGUAGUAAAUAACAAUGAAAGUUAGAAACGGUAACACUUAUUAAUUUGAAUUUUUAAGAAAAAUAAACUGAUGUGGUGCUGGAUCACCCCAACAGCUAAUCAGCUUUUAGUAUCUAACUUUUAUACACAGCAGACGCACUGUGAAAAGAGGGCUUUUUACAGAAAAAUUGACAAAUUUGCAACCACAUACAUGGUGGACAUAAUAUAACAAGAGGAACUGCUUUAAAGGUUUUAUACAGUGCAUUUUUUUAAUUUCUACUUCCAGCACUUCAGUUUAAUGUGACCAAUCACUGUGGGUCAAUUUAACCACUUUUUCAUUA